UCGUACGCAUUGGCAACCACUUGUUUCCCAACAAAGAAGAAAGACCGGAAAUCUCCCGAAUACACACUACUGUAGAGAAAACGAAGAAUUGUUUGGAUUUGCCUCAAAAAAACAACUUUUGACCCCUGGGAAUAAUCCGUCACGAUUGCUUGAAGGUCAAAUCCUAAAGAGGUGCGAUGGACAUUGGCAUUGCCGUCUCACUCAUCCGGGGUCAGAUGGGCGCGGUGGUGGAGCGGGCCGUCAACGUCGCCGUGGAGACGGUGCUGGCAGAGAUGCUCAAAGUGGUGGGCGUGAAGUUCGAGGAGCUGAAGGCGCAGCUGGCGCACACGAGGCAGGACGUCGCGGCGCUGCAGCGGGAGAAGGCCCUGAAAGAGAAGGAGAACGACAACAUCCGCGCCAAGCUGCGCUAUACCGAGCUCAAGCUCAAGUACUACCGGCAGGGGGUGGAGGAGGAGCUGCAACACAGGGUCUCUGGCAGCUCAGCUCUGGUUCGCAACCUUCCGUCCAAACUCUCUCCGGGGCAGGGAGGAGGCGCUGGUGUCUUUUCUACCGGAGCUUCACCAACAUGCUCUUCUCAGACCUUGACUGUUGAUCUCGCAGCGAGCAGCAUCCGAGAAUGUACUUCUCCUCAAAGCGUGAGCCAGCAUACCAUGACAUCGGCGGCCAUCUCUGAUCCGACAGACAGCUUGUUGGCCGUCUCGCUCCCCAUGAGCGCGGAGUCCCCGGGGGGAUCGGGAGGGACGACGGCCACGCCCACUUCCAGCACCGUCAACACAACUGGUGUGUGCGCGGGGACGCUCUGUGCCACAGACCAAGGCGUUCACGGAGAGAGCGACUGGGACGUGGUCCCGCCCCCGCAGGAAGCCGCCGUGCAGCAAUCGUCUACUAGUCCGACGCUGGCUGACAGCUCCACGACACAGACUCUGAUGACGGUGAAGAUGGAGGAAGAGGCGGGGCAAGUGAUUUGUAUCAAGGAGGAGCCGGAGGAAGAGCAUGAAGUUAUUUCUCGCCUCCUGCUGGACAAUCAACUGAACUGCAACCAGUCAGAGAUGUCAGCGAUGCAGUGGGAAGGACUUGAAGCCGGCCACAGGAAGUGCUCCUCAAGCUUCAGCUCAGCCGGACCCAGUUCCUAUGCCGCACCACAGCCGCCUAUGGCCGCCUUGGCGCCCGGUGCCCCUCGCCAGGUGGCGCGCAGCCCGUGGACCGAAGGCCUGAGCCUGUACGAGGAGUACAAGCUGCGGCGGAACGAGCUGCGGCGGCGAAGCCUCAACCGGCGGCGAGAGCUGGAGAAGACGCUGCCUCAGCCUCUGCUGGCCGACCUGGUGCGCGAGCGCAGGGAGAAGACCCGGCUGAGGGUGGCCAGGUGGAGGGCCAAGAGGAAACUCCAGGCUUGUCUCAACCAGGUGCAGGUGAGCAGCGACACUUCCUGUCAGGUGACACACUGGUCCUCACGUCGGCGUGCUCAUGUGCAGACUCAGGGCGGCGCUGUGGCUUUCCCCAUCAGCGGUCCUCACAGAUCUCCACACGCCGCCAACAACAACAUGGUCAUCUCGGCCGUCACCACGUUCCCUUUUGUCACGCCGCCCUCGUCCUCCCUGCUCCUGCGGGGCCCCAACAUGGCCGCCCAGUUCCAUCAGCACGCGGGGAUGUCGUCAUCAUCCUACCCGCAGGUUAGCGUAGUGCAGCAGAGCGUGUGUCAGACAGACGCAAACGUCCCGCCCUGAGGUAGAUCGCCUAUCUAAUCCUCUCUUCUGAAAUGUUUGUAUCAAUUCAGUAUUUAUUAUUGUAGGAAAAUACCUGUGCGUUUUGGAUAGACGAUAUCUUUUAUUUAGGAUAUUUUAAUUUCAACAAUUUUGUACCGUUUUCAUUGAGAGUUAAACAGCGUCCUCUGCUGGUUACUCAAUUUGGCCUCCACUAAAUCGUACUUAUUGAUGAUGAAACAUCAAACUCUCACACUACACUACAUUUUACUGUGUACUCUAAUCCUCAUUGUGUGGAAUUAACAUGGACAUGGUGUUUACACUUCAUUGCAUUAAAAUGUGACAAGUAACUUAAA